GAGAAAGCAGCGGCGAAAGGAGAACACAAAAUCUACACCCAAAACAACAGAAAGUUGCAGGAGGGGAGCAGCGGAGCACGAAAUUUUUACCCAGGUGUGUUCUGCAUAAAUCGUGACCUAGAAACACGCAGAUUCAGUGUAUUUGUGUAGUGAAAAACAAUUCUAGGGUUUGGAGAGUGAAAUGAGCAAGUAUGGUUUGAACCUUAGGCCACCUAAGGCAAAGAAACAGGCACCAAGGCCCUCCCUUGCCACCCCUUUUGGAUUUAAUGAGGAUGAUGAUAAUGACGUCGAGAGGGAAAUUGCUCUUCAGGCUAGCAAGAAUAAACGUCUCAAGGAAGUUGAGGAGCAGCAGAAGAAAGCCUUGGAGGAAGAUCCAUCCGUAUUUGAUUAUGAUGGAGUCUAUGACAAAAUGAAAGCGAAGGAAACUCGUCCAUUGACCCAAGAUCGUGAAGAGAGAAAGCCAAAAUAUAUCGAAAAUCUGAUGAAAAAGGCAAAAGAGCGAGAGCAGCAUCGUGAGAUUGUUUAUGAGAAAAAGAUUGCCAAAGAGAGAAGCAAAGACGACCAUAUCUAUGCUGACAAAGACAAAUUUGUUACAGAAGCAUAUAGAAAGAAGCUUGCCGAACGAGAGAGACAAAUGGAGCUAGAGCGUUUGCGUGAACUUCAAGAAGAAAGAGAUGAUGUUACCAAGAAGAAGGAUUUUUUGCUUGAUUUUUAUUCAAACCUUGACAAAAAUGUUGCUUAUGGAGCAAAAGAUGCCCAAGCGAGGAAACGUGAGAAGCAGGCUGAGAGAAGAGUUGCAGAGAGCCACGCACCAAAUGACCAUGAACAACGUAAUGGGUCAGAUGAAGUGCAGCAUUCAUUGGACAACCCAAGUUCACUAGUGGAGUCUCCUGCAGAAAAGAUUGGGGAACAGGGUGAGGCUUCUAAUCCAUUGGACACGAAACCAAAUCCUGAGGCUUCUUCUGCGGAAGCAAAGAGUUCAGCUGAACAGCCAUCAGCUUCUCAACCAAAGCCCGAUCAUCAUAAAAGAAGUCUGGAUGCUCUGGCUGCUGCAAAAGAGCGCUUUCUGGCGCGUAAGAAAGCAAAGGAUCAAUGAAAAUUUCCCUGCCUUUGUUCACAUGCUGGUGACUCAUUUGGUCUUCAGUAUUUCGUGCCUGAUUUAAUAUCCAUGAUAUCUGUUUUUCUGUAAACCUUAAUGCCAAAGAGGAUAUCUGUGAAAGAGUCAUAGAACAUGAUCUGGUAUACAUGGUUAGUGUAUGAUAUUUAACUUUUGGGUCAAUUCAUGAUUCACUUCAUAUGAUCAUGAACUUUUCCAAAUGUUAA